CUCGAUCGUAUCAACGGAAAGAGAAGCUCAUAAGUCGGAUGAAAUUCUCAAAAGUCUGUGCCGUCUUGAUGAUGACCAAUGGGAACGACGAUAACCUGGGGACGGAUGAAAUUGAUGGGACUGAUCAAGACGAUCGAAGAAAAGAGCGGGUUGAGGAAGAUGAGGAUUACUAUAUCGACCAGGGUUCUUCAGACCAAGGCUCUUCAGCCUCAGACUAUCAACCCGAUCCUCCUCAAGGUGGCCCUUCUGACCUAAAGUUGGGCGUGCAGGCCUGCACGCCAACUGCAGGCCAACCGCCCCUGCAGCAGAUUGGCGUGCGAGGCCGCACGCCAAACUUCUUUGGCGUGCAGGCCCGCACGCCAAACUUCUUUGGCGUGCAGGCCCGCACACCAAUCUGCGCCUGGCGUGCGCCAUGGGGGUUGGCGUGCGGUUAUCAACCCCCCUACGUCUGGCAUUACAUCAGAUAG